CCUAAUCAAGGGCGAUAUCUCGAGGGACUCAAGGGCUCAGACCUUACCCAGCAGGACAUCGUAAUAGACGCGAAAGGCUCGUUGAUUGCGAUCCUUCGGUCUUCUUGGACGAAGAGCAAACAUUGGAAGCAUCUAGCAGUGGUCUAAGCACACGAGUUCAGAUUGAGAAUGCAGUUCCGCAAGAGGCUAUCGACUAUGCCAUUAUUGCGGCCGACGAUAGGGAUGGCAUUUUGUACCAUAACAUAGAAAACAAGUUAGACAGUGCUGAACAUAUGCGCAAAAUGUACGAGAUAGCCGCUGGGGUAUGGGAGAAAAUCUGCCCAUUAAUUAAUAACGAUGAGACCUUGGUAGCAUUCAAAAGUAAAAGGAUCAACUGGCAGGGUAAUGACAUGUUCUACGAUACGUGGUUGCUUGCUACAAACUCCUGCGGCGAUUGCUUCCCGACGAAAGAAAUGAAGGAGCUCUACCCUGAUUGGGCACAACUAAUUGAGCAAGACGAACACGAAGGAGAAGGUAGUAGCCACGACCGCGAAGAGAACGAGGAAGAAGAAGAGGAAACAAACGAAGAGGAGGAAGGUCAUAGGGAAGAAGAAGAAACAGAAGAACAUGAAAUCAAUGCCCAGUCGGCAAAACUUGUUUCCACUGUUAAGCAGGAAUAUAUGCCGUUUUGUCCAGAAAAUAACAGUACUGCUUUUAUCGACCUCGUGUCAGAUGAUGAAUGUGUUCCUGAAAUUUCUUCAGUAAAAUUAGAGCUAUUUUCCGCAGAUAAUUCAACGACUUCGCUCGAUUGUGAUGUUAUCUGCAUUAGUUCGGACGAAGAAGACAAUUAAAAAUAAACUUUUUUUGCCUUUUCCUUUCCUCAUAUCCCACCACAUGCUCCUUUUCUAAAGUGACAUGCGAAAAGCGGUUUUCUCUACAGAAAUAGGUUACAAAGCGUCACAACGUGUUGCAAGGCGUUACAAUCAGCAUGGCCAUGCGUUACAAGGCGUUACAAGAAUCACUCUAGCCAUUUUAAGUAGGAAUGGGGACGAGUGUGCGUUUAAUGAAUGUCACAUUUGCGCCAUUAUUUGCAUACUUGAAGGCUUACAGCGUGUAGGUUUCACUUAAAUUGUGUGGACGCAUAUGUGUACGGUAAAAUGGUGAAUGAAGAGGCAGUUGUGGUAAACGUUUCGGAUAACGAAUGCUCAGAAUCUAAGGAGGUUUUGCCGUUCUUACAUUCCUGUUUAACGCUGGCAAUUUCCGUGGAAAAAAAUAUUGUUUGCCUAUCAGAUGAUGAAGUUUUCCUAACUA